GGAUUUCUCUUGGAAAUACAUCUGAAGAAAAAGCUUUCUUAAAAUGCGUGCCAUCGUCUUGAUUACUCUGCUCGCUCUCGUUGCCGUGGCUGCCGCUCAAGGUCCACGUGGCGGACGUGGUGGUCGUGGCCCACCACAGGGUGGUCCUCUUGGUGGUCGUCGCGGUCCAGGCGGUCCCGGUGGUCCCGGUGGUCCCGGUGGUCCCGGUGGUCCAGGCGGUCCAGGUGGCCGUCCAGGAGGUCGUCCAUGGAGGAGACCCCACCACCACCGUCGCACCACAAGCACCACCAGUACUACCAGCACCACCAGCACAACGGAAGCGACUACCACGACCGAGGCUGCAACUACUACCACUGAGGCAGCUGAGACUUCUACAGAAGCAUAGGCAAUUGUUACUCUUCAUCAGCCUCUUCUACUACUUUAAAUGUGAAUAAAAAAACCCUUUCUUGCUAGCAUUGAAAAAA